AUGCGCUUCUCACUCGCGCUUUCCGCCGUCGCCGCCUUGACGACUUCGACUCUCGCCCUCGCCAGCGAUGUCGUCGGCGCCGACCAGUCACCUAACCCGGCCCUCCACCAGCACAGCAAGCGUGCGACCUGCUUCCUCGGCAUCUGCUGGGGCACGUCCAUCGACACGACGUCCGACGUCAACAACUGCGGCUCGACAGGAAACAAGUGCUCGACGACUUGGGCGAAUGGGUCCGGCUCGCAGUGCGUCUCGAGCGUCUGCUUGCCUGGCACCUGCAACGCCGGCUACGCCUUGAACACGGCGACUCGUUCCUGCGUUAACACUCAGACGGACGCGAACAACUGCGGAUCUGUCGGCAAGGUCUGCGCAGUUGCUGGAGCGACGGGCAACGCCUGCGCGGCCGGCGUCUGCUACGCGACGUCGUGCCAGGCCGGCUUCGGACUCGUCAGCGGCACCUGCAAGAACCUCGCGACCGACUCGGCCAACUGCGGCGCUCUCGGCAAAGUCUGCCAGUUCCCUGGUGGCGCCGGCACCUGCAACAACGGCGUCUGCACCUUCACCUCCUGCGCGAGCGGGUACUACCUCGUCAACGGCGUCUGCACUGCGCUCAACCUCCAGUCCGACCCGAACAACUGUGGCUCGCUUGGCUACAAGUGCUCGGUCGCGAACGGUGUCGCUGGAUGCAGCGCCGGAUCGUGCAUCGUCGCCUCGUGCAACGCCGGGUACACGCAGCAGACGAGCUACUCGUUGUUCGGCCUGCUCGGUUCUUCAACGUCUUGCGUCGCCGUCAACACCGCUUCCGAUGUGAACAAUUGCGGUGCCGUCGGCAAGGUCUGCUCGUUCACCAACGGUGCCGGCACGUGCUCGAACGGCGUCUGCACCUACACGUCGUGCAACAACGGCUUCUACAACGUCAACAACGUCUGCACUGCGCUCAACCUCGCCUCGGAUGUCAACAACUGCGGCUCGGUCGGCAACAAGUGCUCGUACCCGAACGGCGUCGCCUCGUGCUCGGGCGGAUCCUGCACUCUCGCCUCUUGCAACGCCGGCUACACGAUGGCGACGAGCUACAGCCUCUUCGGCCUCCUCGGUUCGUCGACGUCGUGCUCGGCCGUCAACACGCAGUCGGACAUCAACAACUGCGGCGCCGUCGGCAACGUCUGCGCCUUCCAGAACGGCCAGGGUACUUGCUCGGCUGGGCAGUGCACCUACUCCUCGUGCAAUUCGGGCUUCUACCUCGUCGGCGGCAAGUGCACGUCGCUCAACCUUCAGAGCGACCUCAGCAACUGCGGCUCGGUCGGCAACGCUUGCUCGUUCCCCAACGGACAGGGCACCUGCUCGAACGGCCAGUGCGUCUACACGUCGUGCUCGACCGGCUACGCCCUCUCGAGCGGCAAGUGCACUACCGUCAACACCCUUACCGACGUCAACAACUGCGGCAAGAUCGGCAACGUCUGCCCGGCGUCGUACUCGAACGGUGGAUCGGCUUCUUGCGUCAACGGCCAGUGCACCACGACGUGCGCUGCCGGCUUCGACUUCGACACGACCUACAACUUCUGCCGCGACGUCACCUCGGAUGUCAACAACUGCGGGACGUGCGGUCGUACCUGCACCCUCAACGGCGCCUCGGCGACGAUCUGCUCGUCGGGCAAGUGCCUCGCCUCGACUUGCGACACGGGCUACACGCUCGUGAACGGCGCCUGCGUCGUCUACAACUUCCAGACCGACCCGAAGAACUGCGGCUCGUUCGGCAACGUCUGCACCUUCACGAACGGCGCCGGCACCUGCUCGGCGGGCAAGUGCCUCUUGACGUCGUGCAACACCGGCUACAUCCUCAACAACGGUGUCUGCGUCCUCUCGGGCUCGCAGAAGGCGCGCGCCAAGAGGAGCAAGGUCACGAAGCCGAAGACGCUCUGCCCCGUUGGCGAGCAGGCUUGCCCCAUCCUCGGCUCGACGUCGUACAACGGCGCGGUCAAGCAGCACUUUGCUUCUGGCGAGGACGUUACCGGUGUAUUGGCUGGCUCGGGUGGCUACGAGUGUGUCGAUACCAAGCAGGCACUCGACUCGUGCGGCGGAUGCGCAUCGACCGGCGAGGGCGCCGACUGCACCAAGAUCCGUGGUGCUGCCGGCGUUGGCUGCCAGGAAGGUCGCUGCGUCGUGUUCUCGUGCCAGCCCGGCUUCAAACCCUCGCUCUCGGGCGACAAGUGCGUCCGUACGCGAUCACACGGCGCAAACAACUCGACGUCGGCGCGGCGCCACCUCGCCGCACGGCACCAGCACGGCCACGCGCAUGCUCACUUCUCCUCCUAG